AGAGAUCUGUUCUAUUUUAUAGUUGAAGAAUAUAAAUUUUUGCAGUUCGACUAAAAAUUAUUAAAUUAAAUAACUUUUCGGGCUAUAAAUUAUAAACUUAAUAUUAACAAGACAGUUAAAUUCAUUAAGAUAAUUUUCUAUCAGCAUUAAUGUUAAAUUGGCAUUCGAAAUUUUUAAAAGAAAAGUACAUAUUAAAAAUGAGAAAGUUUUGUCCACUUUUUAUUUUCAAAUGUUAAACAAAUGAGCAAUUAUUAUAAUCAAAUUCCUACACACAUAAAGGAAUCGAAAAUUAUUUAUAUUAAUUCAAUAAUUAUUGAUUUACAUACUACGAAAACAAAAUUACUUUCACUUUUUUCAAGUGGAAAAAAUAUAGUGCAGCAGACACAGUUCAGUCAAAAAGAAAAAACGGUACAAAAGUAAGGAAAAAAGAAAAACAAAGAAAAACAAAAUUACAACACUACUCCUCAUUUGGUCAUAUUAUAAAAUAGCAAAUAUAUGUACCUACCUAUAGGCUACUUGCAUAAAUAAUACAAAAAUAAUAAAAAUACUACCACCUAGCUACGGUUGGAAAAGGUGUUGGAGCAAUUUAUUUUCAUUAAUUAGUGUCAAACAUAUAUAAACCUAUUAGUGGUCAGUUCGAGUGCUAAAUUUUCAAAAUACGCUUUAAACGCGCAGUAAUCAACAACGAUUUCAUAAUACUAAAGAAAUUGCAAGUUGGGAAAAAAUGGCAAAUCCAUCACCACUAAUGAGUUUUGCAGCAGUGGUCAAGUCUGAGACAGAAGUUGGUGGAAAAUACUCCAGUAAUCGUUGCCCAGUACCCUCCAUACAGUUAAAAAUCGCUAAACUCAGUUAUGAUUUACACGAAGAAAUUCGCAAAUGUUUAGAAAAUUCCACAAUAUCAAAAAGACUUAGAGAGGAACUUGAAAGUUAUAGCCGUGAAACAAGACGAGAAAUUGUUCGUCGCAUGCGUGGCGGUUCUCCACCCCUGUUCAUAGCAUGCAGUAGAGGCUGCGUACCGAUAGCCGAAUAUUUGGUAACAAUCUGCGAAGCUGAUAUAGAACAGAAAGGAUUAUAUGAAGCACCAGAAGAUCGUUCAUAUCAUUUGGUUACACCGCUAUGGUGUGCAGCGGUUUCAAAUAACUUACCUAUGGUCAAGUAUUUAUUACGUGUUGGCAGUGAUAUAAAUGCCACCUCAGAUACGGGAUCAACGCCUGUACGAAGUGCAUGCUACAUGACACAUAUUGAAAUGGUAAAAUUUCUUGCUGAAAACGGUGCUGACAUUAAGAAGCCCAACAUGAAUGGCGGUACUUGUUUAAUAAAUUCCGUACAAUCGCCAGAAUUAUGUUUAUUUCUAAUAUGUAAAGGAUGCGAUAUUAAUGCUGUUGAUACACAGGGCAAAACCGCGUUACAUUAUGCUAUACAAGAGCAUAGACUGGAAACGACCAAAUUGUUAUUGGAACAUGGUGCCAAUCCUUAUGCUAUUAGUCGUCAUGGCGAUGAUGCUUUACGUACAGCUUGCCUAAAGGGAGCACAUCAGAUUUUCGAUUAUUUAAGAAAUAAUUUAGAAUAUUCUAUUGAAAGAUUGGCUGAAGCUCACGAACUAAUAGGUUCCACAUUUUUGGAUGAACACAAUGAAAGUCGAGUAGCAGUUUUACAUUGGCGUUUGGCACAUCAUUUAAGAGCGUCCCAAAAUCCAUAUAUUGAAAAACUUCCUAAAGUUCCUUUACGUGAAGCCUAUCGCUUUCAACAUGAAUUUACCACAUUAGAAGCACUCGACGAAAUGGCCACAGAUAUGGAUGCAAUGCGCAUACAAAGUCUACUAAUAUGUGAACGUAUUCUUGGUAUUACACAUAAGGACACUCUGUUUCGUCUAACAUUUCGUGGUGCUUCAUAUGCCGAUUCCCUACAGUUGCAACGUUGUAUACAGCUCUGGACACUCCUACUAGAAAUACGCGUUCAACAUAAUACACUGCUCUUUUUUGAUACAAGUUUUGCAGCUCAGGCUCUUGUUCGCCUAAUGUUAGAGUUGCAUGAACGUAAUACAGAUCUAAAUCAGAGUAAUUUUGGCAAUGAAACAUUACCGCAUUUUAAAGAUGUUUUAACGGUUUUUGAGCUACUCACCAAAACAGUAGCUGAGUGUCAUGCUCUUCUACAAAUACGUCCUAUAUCGAGAAGACAACAAGAGAAUUUUGAUAGUAUUUUCAAAUGUAUAGCUCAUACCAUAUAUUUACUUAUUGCGACAGCUUGGAGACCAGAAGAAACACGAAUUGUUUAUAAGUCGGUGCGAAAUUUGAUUCAGGCGAAUAUUACCAGUGCCUGUACAAACGAUUCACUAUUGCAUGUAUGUGUUUCACGUUUAAAUGUGAUUAAAAGUGGUUUAUUGAAUGAUGAAAAUUUAAAUGUUAUAUUUCCAAAUGCUGAUGUCAUUAAAUUGUUACUGGAAUGUGGUAUAAAUGUGAAUGCUAAAAAUGAAGUCAAAUCAACGCCUCUGCAUAUAGCUGCUCAACCUUAUAAUUUUAGUAAUGAGAUCAUAAAAAUUUUACUCGAUCAUGGUGCCGAUUUAGAUCAACCCAACAAAUCGGAUGAACGUCCAUAUAAUUUAAUUUCACUUAAUUCAGCAAAUACUAUACCUCUCAUGAAUUAUAUUAAUCUUAAAUGUUUAGCUGCCACAAUUAUCAGUAAGUAUCGCAUACCGUAUCGUAAUCAAAUACCAAAAUGUUUAGAAAACUUUGUCAAAGAUCACGAACCUUGAGCUUUAAAGAGUUUUGAAUUUAAAUACUGUGAAAAAUAAUGUUAAUAUAAAACAAACACAAUAAUCUUUUCAUUAUUGAAAUAUUAUGUGAAAUAUGUAAUAAAAAAGUGAUAUUAAUUCGAAUAAUUGUAUAAACUUAUUAAAAAAAAUAUAUUAAAUUAUUUACUUAAAUAAAAUAAAAAAAACAGUUUUAAAAAUAUAUAUUUGUAAAAAAAAAACCUAAAGUUGUUACUAGUUACAUUUUAGAGCUUAAAAAGUUAUUUAUAAAAGUUCAUUAAUAAAAAGAACUUGGUUCAUAUAUCUUAUAAUCACCAUGUUAUUAUCACAUAAAUGCAUAAAUACUUACAUAUAUUUAUACCACAAAAACACUGACAUAAACAUACAUAAAUCUACUACUUAUUUAAUGAAAAAUGCCAAUAUUUAUUAUUAUGAAA